AUGAGGAUGUGUGGGGCUGUGGUGUGGCGUUACCUCCUCAACGUGUUCCCCGCGGGGCUGUCGGGCCAGGAACGUCUCUCUCACCUCCGUCGAAAAGCCGCCGAAUAUUCUUCUUUAAAAUCCCUUUUGGCUUCUCGAGCGGCUCCGGCCGAGCUGGCUCUGGUGGGCGCCGCCGUGCGAAAAGACGUCGUCCGAACCGAUCGGGGACACCCUUAUUUCGGGGGACCCGAAGAAGGACACCCCCAUUUGGCCGCCCUCCAAGCUCUCCUCACCACCUUCGCUUUGGGCCACCCUCGACUUUCUUACUGCCAGGGCAUGUCCGACGUGGCCGCCCCUUUGUUGGCCGUUUUGGAUGACGAAGCUCAAGCUUUUCUUUGUUUCUGUUCCCUCAUGAAACGCUUGGGGCCUCGUUUCCGACCCGGAGGACGAGGUUUAGCUCGUGCUUUCGCUCAUCUUCGUCGUCUUUUACGUCGCGCCGAUCCUUCUUUUUGGGCUUUUUUGGCCGCCCGCGGCGCCCACGAUCUUCUCUUUUGUUACCGUUGGUUGCUCUUGGAGCUCAAGAGGGAAUUCGCCUUCGAAGACGCUCUUCGGGUCUUGGAGAUCACCUGGAGCUCAUUACCUCCGGCCCCGCCACCCCCACCGGAGGGUGUCCCACUUUUGGGGGCUCCCCUAGGACCUCGUCGGGCCGGACGAGGGCUACGGGAGAGGAGGGGGUUACGGCCGCGGCCCCCGCGCCGCCAUCGUCGACGGCAGGAGGAAGAGGCGGCGGCCACCGGUGGGCGAGGUGGCCACCAACAGGGUUGUGGGGAUGGUCAAGAGGGUUCUGGAAAUUCUGGUGAAGGCCAAGAUGGUUCCAAAGGAUCCACGGAGGUUCCUACAAGCUCCGGCGAUGACCAAGAGAAACCAAAGAGCUCCAACCAUCUCCAAGAGAGCUCCAGGAACGUCCAGGAGAGUCCCAAGAGCUUUGGGGUUGGCCAGGAGGAUCUCAAGAGCUCCAACGAUCUCCAAGAGAGCUCCAGGAACGUCCAGGAGAGUCCCAAGGUCUUCAGGGAUGACCAGGAGAGCUCCAGGAACGUCCAGGAGAGUCCCAAGAGCUUCGGGGUUGGCCAGGAGGAUCUCAAGAGCUCAAAUGAUCUCCAGGAGAGCUCCAGGAACGUCCAGGAGAGUCCCAAGGUCUUCAAGGAUGACCAGGAGGAUCUCAAGAGCUCCAGCAAUCUCCAAGAGAGCUCCAGGAACGUCCAGGAGAGUCCCAAGGUCUUCAGGGAUGACCAGGAGGAUCUCAAGAGCUCCAACAAUCUCCAAGAGAGCUCCAGGAACGUCCAGGAGAGUCCCAAGAGCUUCGGGGAUGACCAGGAGGAUCUCAAGAGCUCUGGUGACAUCCAAGGUGGAUCCAAGAGACGAGAGAAGCUUGAGGUCUUCAGGGAUGGCCAACGGAGUCCUGGUGGCUCCCAGAAGGACCCAAAGACCUCCCUGGAUGUCCACGGUGGUGCCAAGGUCCCUGGGGGUGGCCAGGGAGGCCUUAAGGUCCCCGGGGAGGUCCGUGGUGGCACUAAGGUCCCCAGAGCCUCCAACGCUGGUGGGCAAGAGCGUGACGGCCCCAAGGCCGUUGGAGAAGAUCCCAACGUCUCUAAGGAGGUUGGCCAAGACCUUGGCGUUCCCAAGAAGGUCAACCUCAAGGAGAUUGGCCAACGACCGAGCAUCUCCAAGGUGGUUUGUGGAGACCCUGAUGUCUCCCCCAAAGCUGACAAAGGUCCCCACGUGGGCGCUGACCCCGAUGUCCCCAAGAAGGUUCGUAAAGGUCGCCGGGUCUCCAAGAAGCUCCGCCAAGACCUGAAGACCCUGGAGAAGGUGGGCGAUGACCGUGGCCUUUCCAAGAAGGUUGGUGGAGACCCCAACGUGGCCAAAGAGGUCAACGAGGACCCCAAAGAGCUCAACAGAGACCCCAGAAAGGUCGGUGAAGACCCCAAAGAGGUCAACAAAGACCACAGAAAGGUCAACGAGGGCCCCAAAGAGGUCAACGAAGACCCCAGAAAGGUUGGUGAAGACCCCAAAGAGGUCAAUGAAGACCCCAGAAAGGUUGAUGAAGACCCCAAAGAGGUCAACGAAGACCCCAGAAAGGUCAACGAAGACCCCAAAGAGAUCAACGAAGACCCCAAAGAGGUUGGUGAUGCCUUCAAGGAGGUUGGUGAAGACCCCAAAGAGGUUGGUGAUGCCUUCAAGGAGGUUAGUGAAGACCCCAAAGGGGUCGGUGAUGCCUUCAAGGAGCUUGACAACCCCCCCAGCUCCCCCAACGAGGUGGGUGAAGACCCCCAAGAGGUACGUGACCACCCCAGCGCGGGUGGGGAGGCCACCGAAGACCCUUGGGGAGGCGGUUGGGCUUGGGAAGACUCUUCCUCCUCUUCCUCUUCCUCCUCCUCCUCCUCGGAAGAGGAAGAGGUGGGUCUGGAGGACGACGGGGCGCCUCUCCCGCCCCCCGAGGAGUUGGGGCAGGGGAACCCCUUCCUCCUCUUCCUCUGCUUGGCCAUGCUCUUGGAGCAACGGGAGGCCGUCAUGGCGCGGGCCGGUGACUACAACGAGGUGGCCAUGCACUUCGACCGCCUGGUGCGACGUCACCACCUGCCCCGCGUCCUGCGCCGCGCCAAGGGGCUCUUCGCCCGUUACUUGGAGGGCUGGGGGGGGGCGCCCCCCGGGGGACCCACCACGGGGUAAAAAAAAACAAAAAAAGGGGGGCUGGAGGACAUCGGGGAGAAGGUGGGU